CCAUGGGAACCGAACCGCCGCCGCUCGCCGGGCUGCGCUAUCAUCAGGAUGUUAAGCUGCCUCUUCCUUCUGAAGGCUCUUGCGCUUGGGUCCCUGGCAUCGUGGGUAGCUGCAGGAGUACAUGUGAAAGAGGGAGAAUGCCCUCCUGAUAAGAAUCCAUGCAAACAUCUGUGCCAUGGUGAUCAUUCGUGUCCUGCUGGGCAGAAGUGCUGCCCCAUGGGCUGUGGUUGGGUCUGCCAAGGAGAUAUUCCCAAGGGGAAAAAAGGAAAAUGUCCCAGAGUCAUUCGAAAACCAUCCUGUUCUAAAAAGUGUACUACUGAUGAGACAUGCCCAGAUAUUAAAAAAUGCUGCACUUCUGGCUGCAAUCAGAGCUGUGUAACCCCAGUCCUCAAGCAGAAACUGGCAGAGAUUAACGGCGAAUGUCCGGCUGACCCCCUCCCGUGUGAGGAGCAGUGUGACGGAGAUGCGUCCUGUCCUGAGGGGCACAAGUGCUGUAGCACUGGCUGUGGUCACACCUGCCGUGGAGACAUCGAGGAAGGGCGAGAUGGCAGUUGUCCAAACAUUCUGGUGGGCCUGUGUAUUGUCCACUGCUUUGUGGAUGAACACUGUCAAGCCGGGGAAAAGUGCUGCAAGUCAGGCUGCGGUCGCUUCUGUGUCCCGCGGGCCCUGGCAUCCAGGCUUGCCGCAGGCUACAACAGCAUCAUCGGCUCUGACUCUGAACUAGAGGCCCCGGGAACCUAGUGAUCCUGAUUUGUCUGGAUCCUCUAUAGAGACUCCAGAAGUCCUGUGCUGGCAGCCAGGAGAGGGCUUGUGACCUCCCCGAGGCCCUCACGGUCUCCUUGGCUCUGCUUCCCUUCCUGCUGUUGCCUGGAACAGAGGAAGUGGCCCUGGUACCUGCAGUGAGUGUUGAUGCUUCUCUUUUCCAAUAAAGGCAGGAGUGGAC